AGGCGUGCUUCCUGUGCCGCAAGCUCGGGUCCGCUGUAGGCUGGGGGGAGAGUUUAGAACGGAACGCACUUCCGGUGCCCUUUCUCCCGCGAGCACCUGGGGCCGGACCCUCGUGUGGAGGGUGCGAUCCGUAAACUGGAGAGCUGUAGAGGCGGGCCGGCACCCCCUUCGGACCACUGGUGCCGCCGGCCUCAGGACCGAACAUGGCCCAGAACUUGAAGGACUUAGCGGGACGGCUGCCUUCCGGGCCCCGGGGCAUGGGCACGGCGCUGAAGCUGCUGCUGGGGGCCGGCGCCGUGGCCUACGGCGUCCGCGAGUCGGUGUUCACCGUGGAAGGAGGGCACAGAGCCAUUUUCUUUAAUCGGAUCGGAGGCGUGCAGCAGGACACCAUUCUGGCCGAGGGCCUUCACUUCAGGAUCCCCUGGUUCCAGUACCCCAUCAUCUAUGACAUUCGCGCCAGACCCCGAAAAAUUUCCUCCCCCACAGGCUCCAAAGACCUGCAGAUGGUGAACAUCUCCCUGCGGGUGCUGUCCAGACCCAACGCCGCGGAGCUUCCCAGCAUGUACCAGCGCCUGGGGCUGGAUUACGAGGAGCGCGUGUUGCCAUCCAUUGUCAACGAGGUGCUCAAGAGCGUGGUGGCCAAGUUCAACGCCUCCCAGCUGAUCACCCAGCGGGCCCAGGUGUCCUUGUUGAUCCGACGGGAGCUGACAGAGAGGGCCAAGGACUUCAGCCUCAUACUGGAUGACGUAGCCAUCACUGAGCUAAGCUUUAGCCGAGAAUACACAGCUGCUGUAGAAGCUAAACAAGUGGCCCAGCAGGAGGCCCAGCGGGCCCAGUUCUUGGUGGAAAAAGCGAAGCAGGAACAGCGGCAGAAGAUCGUGCAGGCCGAGGGCGAGGCUGAGGCCGCCAAGAUGCUGGGAGAAGCUCUGGGCAAGAACCCAGGCUACAUCAAGCUGCGCAAGAUUCGGGCAGCCCAGAACAUCUCCAAGACGAUCGCCACAUCACAGAAUCGUGUCUAUCUCACUGCUGACAACCUUGUGCUGAACCUACAGGAUGAAAGUUUCACCCGGGGAAGUGACAGCCUCAUCAAGGGUAAGAAAUGAACUGCUGAACAAGAACUCCACCCUCAGGGAGGAAGUGGAUCUUUUCCUUCCCCGGUUUUUGAGGAGCCAGCUUGGGGCCCUACCCCGCCCCCACCGUCAAGUGAUGGUCCCCUCUGCAUCUGUCCUCCCAGCCCUUCUCGGGUGAACAAAGACUGACCAUUUUCAGGGGAGUGACUUUCCUCCCUGUGUCGGCCAGAGGUGUUGGGACUGUGUGAUUUCCUGCAGGGUUGGUUCCUCCCUCGUGGUCAGAAGCAACAACCACCACCCCAGAGAUUCUCAAUAAAUGUUUAUUACUUAAUCCGAA